AUGCGCGGCCGAGGGAAUGCGCGCAGCUCGCGGGCCCUAGCAGUGAGCUGGCGCCCGGGGACCUGGCUCCCGCGCCUGGAUAUGGGGCGUCUAAGUCGUCCCAGGAGCAGCACCAGCCACAGAAACCUGCCGCAUCUGUUUCUGUUUUUCCUCUUCGUGGGACCCUUCACCUGCCUCGCGAGUUACAGCCGGGCCACGGAGCUUCUGUACAGCCUGAACGAGGGACUGCCCGCGGGGGUGCUCAUCGGCAGCCUGGCCGAGGACCUGCGGCUGGUGCCCCGCGCCGCCGGGAGGCAGGACCAGUUGUCGCAGCUGCCGGAGCGCCCCGUCGCGGAGCGGAACCCCCCUCUCUCCUUCAGCCUGGCCUCCCGGGGACUGAGUGGCCAGUACGUGACCCUGGACAACCGUUCCGGGGAGCUGCACACUUCUGCCCAGGAGAUCGACCGGGAGGCCCUGUGUCUUGAAGGAGGUGGAGGAGCGUGGGGCGGCAGCAUUUCCAUCUCCUCCUCCCCUUCCUCUGACUCUUGUCUUUUGCUUUUGGAUGUACUGGUCCUGCCUCAGGAAUACUUUAGGUUUGUGAAGGUGAAAAUCGCUAUCCGGGACAUCAAUGACAAUGCCCCGCAGUUCCCCGUUUCCCAGAUCUCGGUUUGGGUCCCAGAAAAUGCACCUAUAAACACCCGGCUGGCCAUAGAGCAUCCUGCCAUGGACCCAGAUAUAGGCACGAACGGGGUGCAGACCUACCGCUUACUGGACUACCAUCGCAUGUUCACCCUGGACGUGGAGGAGAAUGAGAAUGGGGAGCGCACUCCCUACCUAAUUGUCAUGGGACUGUUGGAUAGGGAGACCCAGGACCAGUACGUGAGCAUCAUCAUAGCGGAGGAUGGCGGGUCUCCACCACUGUUGGGCAGCGCCACCCUCACCAUCGGCAUAACUGACAUUAAUGACAAUUGCCCUCUCUUCACGGACUCACAAAUCAAUGUCACUGUGUUUGGGAAUGCUACAGUGGGCACCCCGGUUGCAGCUGUCCAGGCCGUGGAUAGAGACUUGGGAACCAAUGCUCAGAUCACUUACGCCUACAGCCAGAAAGUUCCACAAGCAUCCAAGGAUUUAUUCCAUCUGGACGAAACCACCGGAGUCAUUAAACUUUUCAGUAAGAUUGGGGGCAGUGUUCUGCAAACGCACAAGCUCACCAUCCUUGCUAACGGGCCAGGCUGCAUCCCUGCUGUGACCACGGCCCUGGUGACCAUUAUCAAAGUCAUUUUCAGACCACCUGAAAUUGUUCCUCGUUAUAUAGCAAAUGAGGUAGAUGGUGUUGUUUACCUGAGAGAACUGGAGCCUAUUAACACUCCGAUUGCAUUCUUCACCAUAAGAGAUCCAGAAGGUAAAUACAAGGUGAACUGCUACCUGGAUGGUGAAGGACCAUUUAGGUUAUCACCCUACAAACCGUACAAUAAUGAAUAUUUGCUGGAAACCACAAAACCGAUGGACUAUGAGCUACAGCAGUUCUAUGAAAUAGCUGUGGUGGCCUGGAACUCUGAGGGAUUUCAUGUCAAAAAAAUUAUUAAAGUGCAACUUUUAGAUGACAAUGACAAUGCUCCUAUUUUCCUGCAGCCCUUGCUGGAACUAACUAUUGAAGAAAACAACGCACCCCAUGCCUUUUUGACUAAGCUGUACGCGACAGAUGCUGACAGUGAGGAGAGAGGCCAAGUUUCCUAUUUCCUGGGACCUGAUGCCCCCUCAUAUUUUUCCUUAGACAGUGUGACAGGAAUUCUGACAGUUUCCACUCAGCUGGACCGAGAAGAGAAAGAAAAGUACAGGUACACAGUCAGAGCUGUUGACUCUGGGAAGCCGCCCAGAGAAUCAGUUGCCACUGUGGUUCUCACCGUGCUGGAUAAAAAUGACAAUAGCCCUAGGUUUAUCAACAAGGACUUCAGCUUUUUUGUGCCAGAAAACUUUCCAGGAUAUGGUGAAAUUGGGGUAAUUAGUGUCACAGAUGCCGAUGCUGGACGAAAUGGAUGGGUUGCCCUCUCGGUGGUGAACCAGAGUGAUAUUUUUGUCAUAGACACAGGAAAGGGCAUGUUGAGAGCUAAAGUCUCUUUGGACAGAGAGCAGCAAAGCUCCUAUACGUUGUGGGUCGAAGCUGUUGAUGGGGGUGAGCCUGCCCUCUCUUCGACUGCAAAAAUCACAAUUCUCCUUCUAGAUAUCAAUGACAACCCUCCUCUGGUUCUAUUUCCUCAGUCCAACAUGUCCUACCUGUUGGUACUGCCUUCUACUCUCCCCGGCUCCCCAGUUACAGAGGUCUAUGCUGUUGACAAAGACACAGGCAUGAAUGCUGUCAUAGCUUACAGCAUCAUAGGAAGAAGAGGUCCGAGGCCUGAGUCCUUUAGGAUUGACCCUAAAACCGGCAACAUUACUUUGGAAGAGGCAUUGCUGCAGACAGACUAUGGACUCCAUCGUUUACUGGUGAAAGUGAGUGACCAUGGUUAUCCCGAACCUCUCCAUUCCACGGUCAUGGUGAACCUGUUUGUCAAUGACACUGUCAGUAACGAGAGCUACAUUGAGAGUCUUUUAAGAAAGGAACCAGAAAUUAAUAUAGAGGAGAAAGAACCACAGAUCUCAAUAGAACCGACUCAUAGGAAAGUCGAGGCUGUGUCCUGUGUGCCCACCCUAGUGGCUCUGUCUGUAAUAAGCUUGGGUUCUAUCACACUGGUAACAGGGAUGGGCAUAUACAUCUGUUUAAGGAGAGGGAAAAAGCAUCACAGGGAAGACGAAAAUUUGGAAGUACAAAUUCCACUCAAAGGAAAAAUUGACUUGCAUAUGAGAGAGAGGAAACCAAUGGCUAUUUCUAAUAUUUGA